ACAAGAAUGCAAAGUUUAUCGCCAGUAACUUCCAAAUAUGACAUCAGCACUACCUUCAAGAAUAUGAUCAAAAAAGAGGGUAUUAUGAGACCCAUUCGUGGUGUCUCGGCUGUUGUUGCUGGCGCUGGACCUGCACAUGCGCUGUACUUUGGUUCCUAUGAGAUGACGAAAGAGCUCCUGACUAAGGUCACCACCAACAAUCAUGUCAAUUAUAUGGCCUCUGGUGCUGUGGCGACACUCAUACACGAUGCCGUAUCGAAUCCAACGGAUGUGAUAAAACAACGCAUGCAAAUGUACAAUUCGAAAUAUAGUACAGUUAUUGGCUGUAUGAAAGAUGUAUAUCGCAAUGAGGGCAUCAAAGCUUUCUACAGAUCAUAUUCCACACAACUAGUGAUGAACAUACCAUAUCAGACAUUACAUUUUGCAACAUACGAGUUUUUCCAAAAUACGUUGAAUCAUGAACGGAGAUAUAGUCCCGUGGUUCAUAUGGUUGCCGGUGGUGCGGCAGGUGCUACUGCUGCUGCCUUCACGACGCCUCUGGAUGUGGUGAAAACGUUGCUAAACACACAGGAGAACGGUCAUACAAAAGGCAUGAUUGAAGCGAUUCGACAGAUCCAUGGAGUAGCUGGGGUAAAAGGCUUUUUCCGCGGCAUGUUGGCGCGUGUUUUGUACUCAAUGCCCGCCACAGCCAUAUGCUGGUCAACAUAUGAAUUUUUUAAAUUCUACUUGGCUGGCUCUAAUCACAGUACGUACAAGUCAUCGAUAACUGGCAAAAAUGCAUUGUAGCGACGAGAAGAAACACCUGAGCGCGGCGAAAAAACUGCCUAUGUAUUGCCCGUAACAACCACCGAAACAGAGGAGGUGGCGAAUGCAAAAGCAACAAUAACAACAACAACAAUGCCUACAUCACCCAGCAGCGGUACAGGUGGUGGUGCGACAGCUGGCCCAACGCCAGGUGGCGCAACUGCGAUCAAAAGCGUGUGUGAACUGCCCAGUAAUGUGACUACAUCAGCAUUAAAUCUGCACACGAGGCAUACAGAUGUCAAAAGUGCGCGACCAUUCGAACGAGGAUACUCGAGUCCGUAAUUCUAAGUGUGAUCACCAGAUACGAAGCGAGCGUUGGAGAGAGGGGAGCAAUACGAGACGAAAAAUAUUGUAAUGUACAAAAAUAAAUUUAAAAAAUCUACAGUAAGCAGAGCUAGGGCCAGCGAUAUGCGUUCAUAGCAGACGACAUCAUCAUUAUUACGUUUGGCCAUGCUGGUGUGUUUCUCGAGGGAAGCCUGGGCGUGUUUUGAUAGUGGCGAGGUAAGGGCAGGUGGAGGUGUAUAUAACAGCGUCGACGUGGACCGUCACACUGUAGGUCGCCCCAAAAACCUCCCUUCCGUGAAGACAAAGAAUGCUUAGUAAGGAACUUGAUUUUAUGGUGUUUAGAUACCCACCACCUGCCUGUAGCGAUUUUUCUAAAUGCAAACAACCAAGAAAAACAAAUCGGAAGA